CGCCCUGUGUUCUAUUCUAAAAUAGACGUCACGUUACGCUGGAGUGAGUCAGAGCGAAAGUGAUCAACAAUACAUCGAACCUUGACUUACUGGCAGUGGUAAGAGAUAUUUCGCAAUCGCAAUAGUUCCUGUUUGAAAGUAAGCUACAUCGCAAACGCAGAGAAUGUCUUACCCAGGAUACCCACCCUCUGGUUACCCUCCUUCCUACCCUGGAUAUCCUCCUCAGGGCAGUGGAGAUCCUUCCUUUCCUGGUGCAGGCCAGUACCCCUAUCCCGGGGGGGCUCCAGGAGGCUACCCUCCAAUGGGUGGAGGAGCUUACCCACAAGCCCCAGCAGGGGGGUACCCCGGAGCUGGGGGAUACCCCGCACCACAAAUGGCCGGUGGAUUCCCUGCGCCAGGGGGCUACCCCCAGGCACCUGCUGCAGGUGGAUACCCAUCUUACCCUGGAGCUCCGGCAGCCCCAGGGUAUGGAGUCCCUCCAGGAGGUCCAGGCUACGGGGGCUACCCACAACAGGCUCCCCAGGGCUACGGAGGAGGACAGAUGCCUCAGCCAGGAUACCCAGGUGGACCUAUUCCAGGCCAGCCCCCAGCACCUGCUCCAGGACCCGGCCACGCCCCUGCACAGCCAAUGAUGGGAAUGCCAGCCUAUGAGGGGACAAUCAAGCCGACCCCCAACUUUAAUCCUGAAAAAGACGCCGAGAUCCUGCGGAAAGCCAUGAAGGGAUUUGGGACGGAUGAGCAAGCAAUCAUUGACGUUGUUUCCCGUCGUACCAAUGCAGAAAGACAGAAGAUCAAAGCUAUGUUUAAGACAUUGUAUGGGAAGGAUGUCAUUAAAGAUCUGAAGUCUGAGCUGAGUGGAAACAUGGAAGAAGUCAUCCUUGCUCUGUUCAUGUCUACCACGUACUUUGAUGCUUGGAGUUUAAGGCAUGCAAUGAAGGGAGCAGGGACGCAGGAGAAUGUUCUCAUUGAGAUCCUCUGCAGCAGAGACAACAAGCAGAUCAGGGACAUUGUGCAGUGCUACAAUACAGAGUUCCAAAGGGAUCUCGAGAAGGACAUCCGGAAAGACACCAGUGGACAUUUCGAAAGGCUGCUCAUCUCUAUGUGCCAGGGCAACAGGGAUGAGAACCAGACUGUGAACCUCCAGAAAGCCCAGGAAGAUGCCCAGCGCUUGUACCAGGCAGGAGAGGGCAAACUGGGCACCGACGAGUCCAGCUUUAACAUGGUCCUGGCCACUCGCAGCUUCCCACAGCUGAAGGCUACGGUCGAGGCUUAUGCAACGAUUGGUAAACGGCAGUUAGAGAGUGCCAUUGACAGGGAGUUCUCUGGCAGUGUGGAAUCUGGCUUGAAAGCAAUUGUGAAGUGCGCCCAGAAUCGCCCAGCGUAUUUUGCUGAAAGACUGUACAAGGCCAUGAAGGGAGCUGGCACGGAUGACUCUACUCUCACUAGAAUUGUUGUCACCCGCAGUGAGAUUGAUCUUGUGCAGAUCAAACAGGCCUACAUGCAGAUGUACCAGAAGACUCUCCACACAGCGAUUCACGGGGAAACCAGUGGAGACUACAGGAACCUGCUUUUGGCAAUUGUUGGACAAUAAAGUCAAGCCCAAUCCCACUACAUUCUAUAAUCUUUUCUGGUUGUGUUUCACAUAAAGGAUUUCAACAAUCAUUAGUAAUUCCUAGUGUGUGUACUGGAAUAGAUGUUUCAAUGAUUACAGCAGGCAUUGGUUAUCUCAUUAGUGCUUUUCUUUUGUACUUGCUUAAAAUAACUUUUUGUAGAAUUUUCUUUUUGGUAACAUGUAUCAUUUUCUGGGGUCAAACUUAUUUAAUGUUUAUCAGCCUUCUUUCGCAUUCCAUUUUGCAUUGGAGUCUGAGAAGCAGGUAGUAGAUGCUCUUGCUAAAUGUUUUAGUCCACAUUUAUAAUUGCUUGUAACAAUCAAGGUAUGUGCCACAGUUAAUAGUGACAAUUACUGUACUCUAUGCAGUCUAAAAAUUUAUAUGAAUGUGAUGUUACAUACUGUACAACGAUAUUGCCUUAGCAAGAUAUAAACCAAGUUAUUAUAUGUGCCUGUAUACAAAUUUAAUUACAAUGCAUUAAAGGGAUUAUGCCAAA